CUCGCCAAUCGCGUCUUGGCUAACACGCGUAGUCAGCCCCUCACUGAAGUAGGAGUCGAUGUCAAUCGGGAUCAGGUUACCCAUCGCGCCCGAAAGAGCGCGAGAUCAGCACCAGUAUGUUUUCGAGCUGAGAAAGAUUGCGGAUGACGUCGCAGCUGAGGCCGCACGAUUUAAUCAGGGUCAACUUCACAGCUCUGCUGAUGAUGAACAGAGCAUUGAAGAUCUUUCACAGGAGCUGGUCUGGCUGCGACAAAAAUGCCUUGUCCAUGAGCAACAAAUCUCGGCCCUCCAAUCGGAGAAACAAGCCCUGGAGGAGCGGACGGUGACACUCACCCAGGAGUUGACAGAAGAGCAAGAUAAAAUUUCGACAAUCCACGCACAUUAUUCGGCACGCUGCAAUGACAUCUUGGAGGGGAUAAUACAAAUUGAAUCAGGGAAAUCGACGGUCAAGGAGCUAACGACUGCGAUGAAACAAAGAACUGGAUCAAAGGGUGUGAGCUUCUCUGGAACCGAGAUUGUACUUCUCCAGAGGUUGGAAAGUUUAUCUCAUGAUAUGUCACAGCUAUGCCUGCAACACCGCAGUCGGGAAGAGGAGCUCCUUCUACAGAUCUGGCAGCGUGAUCAACAGCUAUCCGAUGAGCGUGAGCGCACAAGGCUUAGCUUACGUGCACACAAUGAAGCAGACAGAAGAGAAGGAAGUGCGUAUGAAUCUGUGCUGGAGAACGCUCAUCACAAUGGACUGCAUUGGCUACCAAAACCGCACAUUGGCUUCAGUUCCGCGGAAGACGAUACAAUUUGUGGCGAGUUCCUGAUACUUGCCGAGAGGCUGCAAGGCGAGAACCGAUCAAAAGCCGCAAGCCGUGGGAUGGCGACGUCGUCAAUGUCGGAGCCAGAUCGAGAUUACAUUGCCCUUCUCUCUUGCAGCAGCGUAAGGUCAGGUGCAGUGGAAGGAGGGAGGCAAAGUCAAGGACAAGUCAAGCACCCUACAAGAAUGGGAGGAGGGGGAGAUCCAGCAGGUCACCCCCCUCACAGCUGUGAGAGGAGGCUCAUAGGCCUGGCUUGGAAAAUGGUUAUCGCUCAGCAGAUUCUUAAGCAAAGGAUCGUGCGAGCGCGGAAGGAACUCACUCACAUCCAUGGAAAAGCGAGACGGGAUGCUGCACAAUUCCUCAGGGAGAAGGCAAGGCUUGAUCAGGAGCUUGCAUCACAGGCUCUGCUGCAGCAGGAAUUGAGCGACGUCCGGGGGAAGCUUAACAAAGCCACUCAGCUGCUCCACCAACAGAACUUCGUGCAGUUUGAGCAUUCGAAGUCGCGACUGAAGCAGAGCCUUCUUCAUUGUGACAAGUUGCGGCUGAGGGAGAAGAAUAGGGUAAACCUGAUGAAGUGCUAUCGGAAGUCGCUGGCCAUAUCAAAGAAGCUACUGGCGAUGAAAGGGGUCGCUUUAUCAGUUGGCACCACGCUGCCGAAUCAGGGCACAUCCAAAAUUGGAAAUGUACACCCAAAUACUGAUGCGGGUGGUGGAGAUAUCCUUCCUCCGCCUCUCUCAAAUGGGAACACAGCUCCUACGCAUGCAGAAGAGAAGGAAAUUGCAAGGCUUGUCCAGGCAUGCAAUAACCUUGAAAAUCAGGCUUUAGAUUACAUCGACAAUAUCAACCAAGUCUCAAGCUUGAUCCCCUCCUCAGAAACCGCUCUCCAAAUUGAAGAGAAGUUUGGCCAUCUUGAUGAACUUGUAGCGGAGGCGACAGCUACGCUCAAGGAAGAAAUCACCCAGCUGAAAGAGCUCGAUGAGCAGAGUGCAAUUCUGAAUCUCAGUAUGGGGAUGGGGAUACGACUAGACCCCACUCUCAAAGCAAGAUUGGAUGAGACGGCACAAAUAGGGAGCAAUGGUACACACCUGAACGGUGGUGACAAUCUGUCAGGCAAUCAAAAGAAGGGACAGGGAAGCGCUAAUUCUCGGAGAACGGAAAUCUGUCAUGAUGUUCAGAACUCUGUCUCUCGCUCCGGUGCAGACACAAGAAGCCAGAAGAGGAGCCAACUACCUCAGGUGAAAGACGAGGUUGCGUUGACGCCAAACUUGACGGAGAAAGAAGAGAAUCCUUACGACACUCCUUUGUGUCAUCGUCAAAACAGCAGCUUAUCAGCGAGCAUACAGCCAUCACGACAACUGAAAGCGACAGCGGCACAAUCUCUACGGCAUCAUGACGAAGGCCAGGGCCAGGAAGAAGCCCAAGGCCACAUCCAACUGAGCCAAUCUCGGCAAAUUUCUGGUGAUGACAACAGAUAUGGAGAUACCUUCUUUCUGUCUAAUGCGGGUGUGGUACACGGCAGCUCAGAACGGGCUGCUGAGAUGUGGGCUCCUGCUGCUCAGCAUGCGCCAUUUCUUCGGAGUGAAAGGCAGCUUCGAGUUGGAGACAGCGGGAAAGAUGAAGCUCUGACGGGCCUGCUUCGGUUGCAGUCUAUAGCAGAGGGGAGGGAAGAGGAGGAAAAGGGUGAUAAGGAGGAGGAGGAGGAGGACGACGAUGACGACGACGAGAACCACGACGGGGACGAGGAGGAGAAGGAAACGGGAGAGCAAGCAGGUGGUAAAGGAGAAUUAGCAAGGUGGGAAAGUGGGGGAAGGAGGCCAUCGGAGCAUAAAACAGAACAUAGUUGCGAUCAAUUACAAGGCAAAUUGAGUAUGUACUCUGAAUGGCAGCACGGUUACGGAGAGAAAGGGGUAAUACAAAAAGAGGAGUGUUCAAACUUGUCGAAACGGCAAGGACCCAGCGGGCAUCAGACAGAAUUGGACAGCAGCAAUUUGUAUAAUAGCAAGGCAGGAGGUGGGAAUGAGAGGGACCUGCUGAGACCUGAUCACAAUGAUGGGCAAGAGACUCUCAGUGAUAGGAGAAAGGGCGAAGAAGAGGAACGUCUUGACGAUGAAGGAUCGCAGAAGGGAAGUGCAAGUUACUGUGCAACUGCGCCACCUGCGAGAGUGGUUGAGCAUGGACAGAAAAGAGGGCAAGAGAUCGUAAAAAUUGAAGAUUCGCAGGCACCACUGCUCUCUCAUGGAGAUGAAGGAAAGGUGCAGGACGCGGAUCGGAUCAUCCAAAUAAAAGUACAGAAAGAAGAACAGAAGCUUGGAAAUGACCCUGCCGUGGAGUGCUCUGUUCACUCUUUGAGUUUGAGUGACAAAGACGCCAUCCUGGUUAAGGAGAGGAAGAGGAAAGGGAAGAAAAGGGAGCAUCAUUCCAACCAGAUGAGAGAAGGUGACGAGGAGAAAGACGAGGGAGAAAAAGGUGAGAGUCUUGGCAAUGACCCCACUUUUAAGGGGUCGGUUACCGUUUCAGCUGGCGAAGCCAUAAUCCUGGUCGAGGAGAGGAAGAUGAAGAGUACCUGCAGUCAAAAGAGAGAAGAAAAAGAAGAAGAAGAAGAAGAAGAAGAGGAGGAGGAGGAGGAAGAGGAAGAAAAGGCGUGGCACAAAGAAGAGGAGAGGUUGAUCGAGGUCAUCAGUAGAGAAGAAGAUGGUGUUUGUAACGACCUAUACAGUCACAAAGGUGAUGCGCAGACCUGGUGGAAUGUGAACGCAAGGCCACUGAAUGCAGAGAAGCAUCUUCAGUAUUGUCUUAACAACAGCAGAUCUACAGAGGGGAGGGUGGGAGGUGCGAUGGGUCAAACAGAAAUCAGGGAAGAUGAUGAAAAGAGUGCAGAUCAUAGAUUGGAAAACGUUGAUAUACGUUCAGUUCCAAAGUUGCUUUCCCCAACAGUAAUCUUCCGUCACUUUCCAAACUCUAAUAACAUGAAUACGUUCGAUCGUUGUGAUCAAAAUGAUACAAGUAUGACGAACCUGCAGAACAGGCUUCAAGUCCAGGUCCAAUCUGAAAGGAUCGGUAGGGGAGGUCUGGAGCAGGUUGUGGACCACGAGGAGCUGCGAUCACGAGAGGAGCUGGAUGGAGUCAGUCAAUUGGGAGAUGGAGUUGCAGACCCGGUCAUUAGAACAUUGACCGUUCAUCUCCCUCCUGACCGCAAAGAUCAGCUGAUAGGAGGAAGUGGCCCCCAAGUCGAGUGGCAUCCGGAUUUCGCUCAUUUCCGGUUGUCAAACGCAGUUGCAGGGACUCAAAGCAACUCUGACGUAAAUGUAGUUGUUGCAGAGAGUCAGAGCGGAUCUCAGAAGACAGAAGGUAUGAACAGUGAACGCGAUGAUCGAGGUCAACUUCAAAUGGGUAGGAGUUCGAUCCGUAUCCACAAUCAUCAUGGUUUUGAAUCCCAAGAAAUCAGCCAAACGGAGAUGGUACAGAUCAGGGAAGUAACGGUAGGCCAGUGCAAUCCCAGGGAAGUGUCAGAUAGUUCUAAGUUGGACUCCAGGCUGGAUGGCUGGAGCAGUCCUGCCAGCAAUGCCAUGUCAGAUCGAGAUGGCUUCAAACCGCGGUCAAGCGAAAGCCCAUCGACAUGCGCCCAUGAUGAGUUUCGAGGUAAAACCUCUGACAAUGCUCCGCGUUGUUGUCUCCCCACGAGCAAUGCCGUGUCGGAUCGAGAUGGCUUCGAACUGCAGUCAGUGAACUCGAGCAUCAUACUUUCAAGCACAAUCCCAUCGGCACAGGCCCAUGACAAGGUCAGGGGGGGUAAAACCACUGACACUGCUGCUGGUUGUCUCCCUGAGCAUAACUGGAUCACCAAAAGAUCAAUGCCACAAUCUAAAGAUUCUUGUGAAGACAGACAGCAUCAUGGCUGCGAGCAAGCGAUGCUGUCUGUAGCGGACGGCCAUAACGCUCUCCGCAGCGUUCGCAGCGGCACACGACACCCCGCUGCAGGGGACAAGUUGGCUCCUGAAGAGAAUCAGCAGUCGACAAGCGGUAAUGCUGCUCCUUCUUCCGGUGAAACGCCGCAUCCCACUCAUCUGAUGGCUUCGGAAACGGAGUCACCCGGAGCUCCACUCAUUCGCUUCGCAUGUCUGAUCAGUCGGGGGGAUUUUCCGGAGGGCAACCGAUGGCCGGAGAAUGGACACAUUAGCGAUGAUGACUGUGGGAACACCACUUCCAGUGCAAAGAAUAAGUAUUAUAAUGAUCGUAGUAGCGUUGACGGCUUCCAUGCCAAGGACAAUGAUUCUGCUGGACCUGCGCCUAGUGGUAGCCGUCGUCAGUUUGAGAACGAUAAGCCUGGCUCCUUCCAUGAAAAAGAUGCCAUUCGAGUCGGGUGCGGGAGAGGGCAAGCUGUCGGCUAUGGUGUAGGGGAUGGAAAAGCCAUAGCCCGGGCAGUUGUUGAUGCCACUGGGAGAGACUUGAAAGAGAAACCAGCUGGAGCUUGCAGUCCGGCAAUGCUGUGUGAUGAACCUGAUGGUGAAAGUCAGACGACUCGGAAUGUGAGUCCGCAGCCAUCAGCAGAGAGAGAACAUAAUUGCAGUGUAAAGUCGGAUCAUCAAGAAGGAAACAGAACGCGGUCCCGGAGUUACGAUUACGAUCGUGGAUGGCAUGAUCAGAAACAUGGCGAGCAUAUGGAUUUCAGCCACGUAAUCCUGGCAGACAGCUGGGGGGUCAACUCUCCCGACUCUCUCCACUUGAACCUGGAGGCAGUCCAAGAAGGGGAUUGCGAAGCCAAAUGUCGUCAGUUCACCGACUUCACAGCAUUUGCACAGCUGGCUAUCCCAACAAGCCCUGCAUCUUUUAUCUCCCUGCCUCAAGCUUGCCAAUCAUCUCAUUCGUCAAGCUCCCAGGGGGGCGAGGAGGAGGAGGAGGAGGAGGAGGAAGAAGGGGAGGCCAAGGAAGAGGAAGAGGUGGGAAAGGAUGAGAAGGAGGGCAAGGACGAGGAAGUGGUGGGAAAGGGUGAGGGGGAGGGUAAGGAAGAGGACGUCCAAGGAGGCGGUGAAGAGGAGGCAAAGGAACAGGGGAGGGAGGAGAAGGAGGAGAAGGAGGAGAAGGAGAAAGGUGAAUCCCUCCAUUGUCCCACAGGAGGACAGCUCGGUCAUGGACCACUCGACAGCAGGAAGAAUGAAAUCCAAUACCUCUCACACUUUUCUCAAGCUGGUUCAGGAUCGGUAAUCGUGACGCCUCGAAAGAGGAAGCGGUCGAUGUGCUCCUUGGCAUCACCAUUGUCGAGAUAUAGUAUGACCGAUAGUGUAGUGUCAAAGGCAGACAUGCAGAAACAUCAAGAUGAAAUGGAAGGUAGUGUGCAAGCAGAGCAAAAACCUGGCCGUCACUCGGUGCUGGUAGAAGGUGCUAAAGGACAUGACGAUGGAGGAGAAGAAUGCAGGCGAGGAGGAGGAGGAGGAGGAGGAGGAGGAGGAGGAGGAGGAAGAGAAAGAGGAGUGGGAGAGGGUGGAGUAGAAGAAUUCCCUUAUGGUUCAUAUGAUUUCACAGACUCCUGUGCUGCCAUCACUCGAACGACUUUCUUUGACGCCGACAAGCUGAGACUUCCCUUGACGGAAACCACCAACACUAUCAACUCAAAGCACGAGGACGCUAACCAUGCCCAUUGCAGAUCUGAUAAUGACAGCGGACGCGAUCUUCUUGGAAACGUACAUCACAAUGCUUGCCAAACCUACGCUGGCGCCUGUCUUUACGAUCAUCUCGAUCAUAAAAGAUAUACGCAUACGUGUGUUUCGAAUGAUGGUGGUCAUUGCAAACAUGAUGACAAAAAUGAUGAAAAUGAUGGUGGUGAGGGAGAGGAGGAGGAAGAGGCGAAGGAGGAGGAAGAGGAGGAGGAGGAGGAGGAGGAGGAAGAGGGGGAAGAGGCGAAGGAGAAGGAGAACAAGGAGGGCAUCAUGACAAGGUCCUCUAGGAAAUGUGGUCCUGAAGGGGAUAAGCCUGUUGCUCAGCUGACGUCAGGCGUCAAUCCCAACGCCAGCUGUUCCCAAUACCACCGAUUUCGGUGGAGUCCAUCACUCCCAGGCAUCGUGAAGGAAGGGGACGUCUACAAAUCAAUAUCCACAUGUGCCAGUAAAAAUGAUGAUCAGGUGCAGACUCCAGAUUCCACCCAGUUGAACGCAUCACCGCCGGUUUCAAUAACAGGCCAGGUUUUCGUCGGGCGAUCGUCCUCUGGCGUAAUGAAGGACCAGGUCCUUACGUUUCCGGAAUGCGACGGGGGCGUGAAGAAGAAAGUGGGGCCGAGUCAGACGGAGCAUUUGGCAGCAAACAUUGAUCCAUCUAACGGCCAGAUACGUCCAGACUCUCCAGAUGCUGCAGAAAAAUAUAGCGAGGACAAGGAGACCAUAAAGCCUGUAGCGACGACUCCGGUGAAGAGGUCUCCGCCGUGGACAAAAUACUGUGCCCAGACCGGAGAGUUUCUGAAGCAGCAACCGCUAAGAAGCUUUCUCAACAAUCCCGCGGCGCUUUGGGACUGUACGAGACCGGGAUCUUUCAAGCCAACACAGACCACGCUUAAGGCUCCCUCCACAAAAUCGAAGGUACUGCUUGAGAUUAGUUGGAAGUUCAAGAGCGACAAUGAACACAGCGACCGUGGUAGUGACCAUGGGGUUGCUGCAUCAUACGAAAGGAUAAGCGUCAGAUCAAGGACAGGCCAAACAGCUUUGCCAGUGAGGAAGGAAGAAGUGCCUGUCGUCAGAUCAAGGACAGGCCAAACAGCUUUGCCAGUGAGGAAGGAAGAAGUGCCUGUGUCAGGAGAAAAAGGCACCACACUGAACAUGACAGCAACGGCGGCAGCAGGUCAAUGUUCUCAUGGUGGACAAGCUGUGGGUCAUGUAAGAGCCACUGAAGGCGUAGCAUCACCACAGCCACUCAUUGACAAUGGAAGCCGUUCAGUCUCUUCGACCUUUGACGCUGAACUCACUGCAAUGGCAGUGGCACCGCAAUCGCCUGCGCUCCUUUCAAUGACUUCGAGAUCGGACUCAGAUGUGCAGAAGAUCUUCAGAGAAAACUCACCAGUCCCUGGUAGCAGCAGUUUCACCCAAAGUACACCCACAAAUCCAGUGACAGAUGCGGCACAUAAACAUCCAUCGACUCCGUCACCACCACCAACAACAACAACUCAUUGCAGCUGCGCACAGUGUGUCUCUGAGAAAGCAUCGCAUCAUCACAUUGCUGCAGCACGACAGAAGGUAGUAGAGGAGGAAGACACUGCCACUUUAACAGCGCAGAGCCUCAAGAUUCUGCAUUCGUUAACAACACCAUCGCAAGAGAGGAUCUUCUGCAAGGAACAGCCCCCAGCAGCAUUGCUGCCAAACAGCACAGCAAAUGCGACAGAAGUCACAGAAAGCAGUUUGGCAUGUUCUCAUAGCAUUCCACACUUGCGACCAAAGCAGAGGACCACCACAUCAUUGUCACCCGCCCAAGAAGAUGGACCAAUUGCUGGACCAGGCACAGCCACUGCACCACCCACGCGCAACCGAUCCGACGUGUCUCGCGUCAGUCCAGAGCAGGUUUCCUCAGAAGACGAGCCAACUAGUGGACCUUGCCCAGCUGCAGCUCCAGCCAAACGCAGCUUAACGAGCCCAGCGCAUGUCGAUUCACAUCAGAUUGCCACAGACCAGGUACCAAGUAUUGGACCGGGUUCAGCCACAGCAUCAGCCAAGCACAACCUGGUAAUCCAAAUGGGCACCACUCGACAGCAGCCUGCUCCAGGAGGUGGGCGAAGUGCAAGUCACGACUACCAUGGCACAACCGUCGAGUCUCCGCCAGGGGAAGAGGGCACCGACCCCUACGUUUCCCGACAUCACCAUCAUCCCAUGACUAACUGUGACUGGCCGUGGGGCAUGUCUGAUGCCGUCCCAGUUCUUUCAGGAAUUGCACUGGAUUCUCCUGAGCCUGACCCAUGCAACAACACAAGCCAAGCCAGCACCACCGAGACAUACCCUCCGGGAGGCGGGACACUUCCGUCAGCUUGGCGAUCGAUGGCAUGCUCCACAGGCACCAACGGAUUAUCGAAUGUGAUUUGUUCACCCAGCGGGACUGAAACUCUGUCUAACGCCAUCGGUACCCUUUCUCCAACGAUACCAGAACAGCGCUCCUGGGAUUGUUCAGACACUUUGUCUCUUCACGACGACAGCCUUAGGACAGAUGACAUAGAUGCCCUGGAUCAUUGUCGCUCCUUCGAGAGCUUGCCACCCCACUGGGUGCGCCCAUCAUCGCACAACCUGGAUUUGCUGGGUCCAUCCACACACAGCAAUCCUUUCGCUAAGACCAGGGAAGCAGCUAGUAUCACCCCAUCUUCUCCUACAAUGGCUUCCGACCGUGCCAAAGAGCCGUGGGAGGUCUCGUUAAAACCAGUUGUGAACACGUCACGAAAGAAAAGGAGUGUCUGGUCCACCGUCCAACGGCCGAUCGUUAUGACGUCUGAUUCCACCGUUAUCGAUUGGCAUCCGACACACAAGCGAUCAACGGCUCGAGCUACCACAGUCAAUUCGGAGCCUGGAGCGCAACAGUCUGUAGUGAUGUGGAGAGAGUGUGACGGCAAAGAGGAAGAGGAAGGGGAAGAGGAAGAUGGACAACCAGAAACCUGGUGUGCUUCUGCUGCUGCCACCUCCGAAGCAGGACCAGGGUCCAAGUUGAAGUCAUGGACAACACCAGUGGUGCAGGCCAGCCUAUCUGACUCUUCAGUGGCAGUUCCAGAGUCUGUUCCUGUCGGCAGCCGGAGGGUGAACCCUGCGAUGGGUGUAGAAAAGCAAAACACACUCAGUGGCAGAAUCGGAUCAGGUAUGAAACCAACCAACACCGCACAAGAGGGGUCCACACCCCAGCCAGAUCUUAGCAAAUCUUUCUCGGCUUCCGAGUUAAGGACCUCCACAGAAACCCCAGACAGCCAGCCACUCUGGGGAGAAUAUGGCAAUGAUGAACAACAGAAACCAGCUGCAUCAAGAGUGCAGACCCGAGAUACGGGCAACAUCCAGCCUGCCGCGUCUACUACUAGCAACAGUGGUGGUACUUCGAGACCUCAUGGCGCCAACAGAGCAGCACAUUUGGGCAUAGCGAUCGAUUCCGGAGAUACGAGCGACUAUGCCGCUUUGCCCAUCGCACAGAGCAAAGCCGAGUCCCAGUUAAUGGACACGAAGAAGCCCAGUAUUCUGCUGGGGACUGAUUUCAGUGUGAGAGCAGAUUGUGAAGAAGUCGCCUCUUCUUGUCCCAAUUCCCUGAGCCCGUUCCAGAGUCUAUCACUGGACCACAACCACAAUCACUGUGCGGACCAGCUCUGUUCCUCACGUUCCCAACGUGACGGCGGCACGAGACUCAGUCCCGAGGCCUUACUAGGGGCGGAACUACUUAAUCAGCUCGACAACGAUCACUUCGGUUGCACCUUGCUCACAGAAGAUCCCAACCCUUUUCUAGACAUGCCCGGCAGUCAUGAGCUCACCCUAGCAGACAUCGACGAAUGGAUGCCACAAAUACACCCUGCUGAGUCAUUCGGUUCGUUCUCCUGCAGAAAGGACAAGGUAGCGAAGUAUAGCAGCAGCAGCAGCAGCAGAAGUGCUGAUCACUGCGCGCCAUCUGCUAGUGACAAGGACACCGCCCUCAAGACUUCCCAAAUGGGCGAGGAACCGAAGCGUCCUAGAAGAGUUAGACUUAGACGUGGGAAUAGUAUGUGGGUGGGAGUGUUGUGUACAUUAGACCCCAGGCUUUCCACAAGUCCAGAGGGACGAGGGCAAGGGGGCGCUUCGGUUCCGAAGCUAAGGGCAUUAUCACAGACGUACACGCCCGAUAAUUCAGCAAAUAGCGGCGUCCACAGAAUGCCUCUUGCUGAGAAUGUAACUGGGAUUGACCAGCUGCCAAGAGAUGGUGGACGGCGGGGGAGGUCAUUCUCAUCCUCGUGCUCAUCGAUGUCAUCGUCAUCAUCAAGACAAUGGAACGAUUCCGCGUCUUUCGGCAUGGUUGGACAAGUACCCAACGUCAACGAGUCCUUGAUUACUAGAAAUGAAUGGCAGAAAGAUAGAGUUUCACAGGGUUCAAGCUUGGCAUUUGGGGGGAGCUCAAGAAGUGCAUGGCAGAGACACACAGAGUCGAAACUCAAGCGUGAGGUGCUAGCCGAGAAGAACCGAUGGAGCACAGACAGGAGACUCAGGGCACACCACACACACUAGGACUUUGCAAGCUGAAUAUCACCGUUAGUCUGGCUAUAUGCAUGCACCAAAAGUCCCAGUGUGAGUAUUCCCGCAGUAGAACAGGAUCAAGAAUACCAUAAGAUGACAGCUGAGAGCCCAACUACUCUCCUUUCCCCCUCUUUCUGUUCUACUAGAGCUCUUCCACUCUUUCUCCGCCACUUUCUUGACAAUGUCACCGUAGAGCCUCGCCGGUCUCCUCUUCCCAUCUUCUGCAUAAGAUACCCCUCUUGCCUCCCCACCAACUUUCUUGGGGUUAGAAGGGGUCUUCGUUCCCUUGUCGGAGUCGCCCAUGUUGUGGUGCUUCCUCAGCCGAUUCGGGUAAUCUAACGCGUACCCCUCUCCCACUACCCACCAACACCUGCCUCCCAUUAUUCUGCAACCAUCCACCACUCAUAGCUCUCUACUUGCCAGGGUGCGAUUGCGAGCAGGAUCUUCUCCAGGCUAUGCAUAUGCCGAAUAUCCUGUGAGUCUGUGAGUGUGUAUAUUAUAAAGGCUGAGCACUAACUUGGGAGUUUUGCAACCAGACAGCCGACAGUCCAGUAUCUAGUAUCUGGCUGGACGAGCAUUUAUCUCAGCUGGUACAUCCAUGAACUGUCAAAAUACAGACCAGAGUUCGAAUCCAGAUGCAACCCGCUGACCAGAAUAAAGCCAUUCUGAAUUA